AAACAGAACAACAUCGGCAACGCAUCAGUCUAAUCUGGUGGGUGUCGGAGAAGUGCGCGAGGUGUUACUAGAAAACUUUUGUAAUAUUAAAUUAAAUUUUGUUUUACGUACGUGUUAGAAGAAAGACUAGUUGCAUGGAGUUUCAGUUUUAAAAGAUGAACGAAAUUCUUUGCUUCAGAAACUAUAUGUAAUACAUGCUUCUGAUCCAAGAAUUGAAACCAUGCGUAGAAAAAUAUGAGCAAUACUUUAUAUAAAAUGGAAUUAGUUGAUGAUUUAGCUGAUAAAGAAAGGCACAUGCAAUGGACGUCACUUGCCAUUAGCCACGUGGAAUAUCAAACUGGUGAUUGGCUUGGAAAAUUUUUGGCACUUACAAGUUUGUGUCCUCUAGCACUAGUUAUUGCAUUUGUUACUCUCAUAUUAUUUCGAAGAGAUCUGCACACCAUAACAUUUUUAUGUGGAACUGCUCUGAAUGAAGCAAUUAAUUGGAUACUAAAGCAUCUAAUUAAAGAAUUACGUCCUUGUCGUGGUCGAGAAAUAUUGUAUUCUGAAUAUGGUAUGCCAUCGAAUCAUGCACAGUUUAUGUGGUUUUUUGCUACUUACAUGGCAUUUUUUUUGUUAAUAAGAUUGCAUCAUGGUAAUAGUACAUACCCACUAGAAAAUGCAUGGAAAUACAUUGUAACUGUAUUUAUUAUUUGUGUUGCUGCUAUUGUUUCAUAUAGUAGAAUUUACCUCCAAUACCAUACAUGGACCCAAGUGUUAUGUGGUGCUUGCUUGGGUAUAUUCUUAGCAUGUAUAUGGUUUGCCAUCACACAAUUCACUCUAACACCUUUGUUUCCCAUUAUUGCAGCAUGGCCCAUUAGCGAGUUCCUGAUGUUACGAGACACAACACUCAUUCCAAAUGUUAUGUGGUUUGAAUAUACGUCCCAUCGAACUGAAUCCAGAACAAGACAGCGAAAGCUUGUGUCCAUGAAAUCUCAAUAACCAUUUUAGCUCAAAUGUUAUUCUGUAUUUUUUAAUGUUUGAAAUAUCACUUAAUUUUUUUAUAUUAUUAUAAAUCUUGUACCUUUAAUUUUCACUUUAAUAUGCUGCUUUAGGUUUCAGAUUUCAUUUAAUUUUAUCUGUGAUUCUUGGUUGUAUAUCUGGUCAUGUUUAAUACCUGAGGUUUUUAGAGGCCUGUCGCUCAUUGUUAACUGUAUAUUGUUGAUACAAUUUAAUAAACUCAUUGCAUUUAUAUUUAUAACGUUACAUUUUAUAAAAUGGGAGCAAUAAAUGCUUAAACUGCAUAUAUUUGAGCCUAAAAUUUAAGUGUUGUCACUCAUGUCAAAUUUGAACAACUUGUUUUCUAUGCAUAAGAGUAAACAUAUUUUUAAAUAUGCUAUCUAUGUCUUCCCCCCAGUUUGCUUCAUACAGCAUCAUUCUUCAAAAUAUGCAUUAAUUAUUAUAAAACGUUCAUUAUGAUGUCUUAAAAGUUAAUUGUUCAUUAUUAAGAUGAAGAGAUUGUAUUUUUCUUUCAGUGUGUCUGAAAUAUUAGCUGAAUUUGUAAAGAGAUGCCCUCUAGAUUGAUUAGUUAACAAAUUGCUAUUAACUGUAUUUUCAAAUAAAUUCAUUUUUUAUUGGAA